AUGAUCAAUACGCGGAUAGGUCGCUUCCUACUCCGUGUCUUGCUGCCAAUCUCGAUCGUCUGUACAUUACUGCUCGUUGCUUAUCAAAGUGGGUCCUGGGACGCCGCAUCUCAACACCGAGUCCGUUAUCAUCCAAAGCCGCGCUUGAAUGGCACAAGAGAGAAUGCUGCCUUUGUCGUUCUUGUUCGCAACGAAGACCUCGACUCCAUGCGAAACACCAUGCAACAACUCGAGUCUCGCUUCAAUCGCAAAUACGGCUAUCCUUGGAUCUUUUUAAACGAUCAGCCCUUCGAUGACCGCUUUGUCGACUUUACUAGUGGUCUGGCGUCCGGCGAGACAUUCUAUGGCACCUUGAACAGCACCAUGUGGGGUUACCCUGAUUGGAUUGAUCAAGAAAAGGCUCGUGCUCGUCGUGAAGCCAUGGAACAAGAUGGUGUCAUUUAUGGUGGAAGCGAGUCGUAUAGGCACAUGUGCCGUUUCCAAAGCGGCUUUUUCUUUCGACAUCCGUUGUUGGAUCCCUAUGAUUAUUAUUGGCGCGUUGAACCCCAUGUCAACUUUCCUUGCGACAUUGAUUACGACCCAUUCCAAGUGAUGCGUGAAAGGGAUUUAACCUAUGGUUGGGUGAUUACCAUCAAGGAAUUUGAAAAGACAAUCCCAACGCUUUGGAGUACUGUCAAGGAAUUCAUGAAGGAGUAUCCACAAUACAUUGUUCCCAAGGAUGAUCCCGAGAGUCUAUUGGGUUGGAUUAGCCCUGAUGGUGGUGAUACAUACAACCUAUGCCAUUUUUGGAGCAACUUUGAAAUUGGAAACUUGGCGUGGAUGCGAUCACAAGCUUACCUUGAUUUCUUCAACUAUCUCGACAAGUCGGGUGGAUUCUUUUAUGAAAGAUGGGGUGAUGCUCCCGUACACAGCAUUGCAGCUGCAUUGAUGCUCAAGCGAUCCCAAGUGCAUUGGUUUUACGAUAUUGGCUAUUUCCAUAACCCAUGGACCCAUUGUCCCAGUGAGCCUAGCUGGUUAGGUAUCGAGAAAUGCUCAUGCGAUCCAUCCAACAGCUUUGAUCGUCAUUCAUGGAGCUGCACACCUGAAUAUCUUGAUUUUACCCGCACAAGUCGACAGGAUUAUUUGAUCGCACAACGCAAUUGA